CGUAGGGUUGUCUGUUGUCUUGGGGUUUUGGUUUUGAGGAUUACAGACUUCACAGGGAUCCCUUCUCAUCCACAUCUCUCUCUCUCUCUCUCUCUCUCUCUCACACACACACACACGCGCGCACACACACAAAACUGGUUCUUGUUUAUUUGUUCAUAUUUGUAUGGUUAUUAUUGGAUUUUCUUGGUUUUAGCAAGCAGCAAAUCAGUGAAACAUGAAGGUGGAUAGUGGCUGCAGUUUUUGUUUCUGUUUCAGUUAGCUCUCUCUCUCUCUCUCUGUUCUUUUUCCAUUUCUUGUCCAAAAACAAGAAUUGUCUCUUGGGGUGAUGCCAAAGCAAGAAGAAACCAUCAAGAAGCAGCUCAAGUUUUUGGGGUUCAAAGAACAACCUUAAGAACACAAAUACAGAAUAAGAUGAUGAAAGCUCUGAUAAUCCAACAACAACAACAACAAUCACUUUUGGAAACUGAGAACAUGUCAAAUUUGACUUCUGCAUCUGGUGAUAAUCAAGCAAGUGUUUCUUCAGCCAACAGAGCUGAAACAGCCCACUACUUUGCUCCAUCAACAAAUCAAACUACUCAACCACUCAAGAGAAAAAGAAACCUUCCAGGCAACCCAGACCCAGAUGCAGAAGUGAUAGCUUUGUCACCCAAGACUCUGAUGGCAACCAACAGAUUCAUAUGUGAGAUCUGCAGCAAAGGGUUUCAGAGAGAUCAGAAUCUUCAGCUCCACCGAAGAGGGCACAACCUUCCAUGGAAGCUGAAGCAGAGAACAAGCAAGGAAGUGAGGAAGAAGGUGUAUGUGUGCCCAGAAGCAAAUUGUGUGCACCAUGACCCAUCAAGGGCUUUGGGUGACCUCACAGGGAUCAAGAAGCACUUCUGCAGAAAGCACGGUGAGAAGAAGUGGAAAUGUGACAAGUGCUCAAAGCGUUAUGCAGUUCAAUCAGAUUGGAAAGCUCACUCCAAGACCUGUGGCACAAGGGAGUACAGAUGUGACUGUGGAACCCUUUUCUCAAGGAGGGACAGUUUCAUCACCCACAGAGCAUUCUGUGAUGCUUUAGCAGAGGAAAGUGCAAGAGCAAUACCAGGGAUUUCAACAUCUCACAUCAACAAUCUUCAAGUUCAACCUCAUCAGCUCAAUAUGAGCAGUGACCUCCAUGCAUUUUCAAUGAAAAAAGAGCAGCAACAAAAUUUUAGUCUAAGGUCAGAAAUCCCACCAUGGCUAGCAUGUCACCCUGGCCCACCACCUAUUGACCACACCUCACCAAUCUUCACCACAAGGUCUUUGGAUCAAGAUUUCACACCAACCCAAGAUUUAACAAUCCAUGAAAACCCUAACCCUAGCCUUGGACCCAGCCUUCCACCGUACUACCCAACAGCCUCCCCACACAUGUCGGCUACUGCAUUGCUGCAGAAAGCAGCUCAGAUGGGUGCAACCAUGAGCACCACCAAAAUGAGGCCCCACCAGGCCCAUCACGUGUCUGCUGAUUCUGGUCACAACACAACAGGUUUUGGCCUCAAUUUGGGCUCACGUGAAGAGAUGGGUGGUGGGUUUGUCCAUGGAUUGGCUGCUUUUGGGAAUAAAGCUGCAAUUACGUCUGGUACCACUACUGCACCUCCUCCUUCUCUUCUUCAAGACAUGAUGAAUUCUCUCUCCUCUCCAAAUGGGUUUGAUGAGUCCUCCAUUGAAGACACUUUUGGUGAAAUGUUGAAUUCCAAGAAAACCAACACCAAUUUUCUUAGUAGGGUUAAUGAAAAUGGUGGUGGUGGAAAUGAUGAUGGUAUGACUAGAGACUUCUUGGGUUUGAGACCACUCUCUCAUAGUGACAUUUUCAACAUUGCUGGUCUUGGUAAUUGCAUGAACACUCCUCGUGAGAAUCAAAAUCAAACCCAAAAAUCAUGGCAAGGUUAGCUAUAGAUGUCUCUUAAUUUAAUGACUUUUAGUUUUUGUUACUACUACAAGUUUUGGUUUUUGAUUAAUUUGUUCUUAAUUAUGGUUUUAGUCUUCCAAAGGGAGAGACCUUUCUGAAACCUAAAUAAACUGCCUCUAGUUAUUAGAUAUAUAUUUCAUGUAUGUUCUUUGAGAGUAAAGUUCUGUAAUUUUUCAACUGUAAUUGUAAGUUGGAAAGCCUUAUAAUUU